UAGUAGUAUAAUAGUCCAAAUCAGUUUCAUCUCUCUGCAUCUCAUUUCUCUCUCUCUCUCUCUCUCUCGGACAAAGACCAAAAUCAAUCAAUAGCUAGGGUUUGAAAGCUUCUUCAUCAGAGAUGGCAAUGGCUGCUUUCAGGCGUGAAGGAAGGCGUCUCGUCGUCGCUUCACCAAAUCUUCUCAGAUCUUCUGCGCUCCCUUCUCAACAGGAACAAGUUUCUCUGGGAGUUCGCAGUAUUUCAACUCAAAUCGUUCGUAACCGGAUGAAGAGUGUAAAGAAUAUUCAGAAAAUUACAAAGGCAAUGAAGAUGGUUGCAGCCUCUAAGCUGCGAGCAAUUCAAGUGAGGGCUGAAAAUUCUCGUGGUCUAUGGCAGCCAUUCACUGCUCUUCUUGGUGACACACCAAGUGUGGAUGUCAAGAAGAAUGUUAUUGUUACCGUCUCAGCGGACAAGGGUCUUUGCGGUGGAAUCAACUCCACGUCAGUCAAGAUUAGCAGGGCUCUUUUCAAGUUAAAUUCAGGAGCUGAGAAAGAAAGCAAGUACGUUGUCUUGGGAGAGAAAGCAAAGGCACAACUGAUAAGAGACUCCAAACAGCACAUUGAUCUAACAAUGACAGAGCUGCAGAAAAACUUCCUUAAUUAUACCCAGGUUUCUGCGCUUGCUGAUGAAAUCCUAAAGAAUGUUGAAUAUGAUGCACUGAGGAUUGUAUUCAACAAAUUCCAGUCGGUUGUCUCAUUUUUGCCUACUACUGCAACUAUUUUUUCUCCAGAGAUUGUAGAGAGAGAAUCUGAAACUGGCAAGCUUGGUGAUCUGGAUUUAUAUGAAGUUGAAGGUGGUGAAACAAAGUCUGAAAUUCUCCAAAAUCUGACUGAGUUUCAAUUUUCUUGUGUUAUGUUUAAUGCCGUUUUGGAGAAUGCCUGUAGUGAGCAAGGAGCUAGAAUGUCUGCAAUGGAUAGUUCCAGCAGGAAUGCUGGGGAGAUGCUUGAUCGUCUCACUCUUACGUACAACAGAACCCGUCAAGCUUCGAUUACCACAGAACUGACAGAGAUUAUAUCUGGAGCAUCAGCACUCGAGGGCUGAUUGCGCAAUCUUCUGCAACUUCCGUUUGACGGUGACGAAAUAAUUCUUUGUACUAAUACCUUCUUACAGAUAUUUUGUCAAGCUACCAUAAUAAUCUCCCGUGUUGACGUUAUGUCUGGGAAUAAUUUUCUUGCAUGUUCUAUCAAGGUGGUUUGCGAAGUUGUUUUGAAGUGACAAUCUGUUUCCAAGUUUUUGUUAUAAUGCUGUAUUAUGCUUUUCUCAGAUUAAUGUCAAUAAUAGUAAUUGCCCGGUGGAUUUUCCUUAUCAA